AUGUUUCCACAAAGUUAUAGCAAUUUAAUCUAUCCUAGUGCUGGUGCAAACAAUAAACAGUCUGAAUUGAAAAUUAAUGAUACUAACGGCUUGCAGACUAACGGCGAUGAAGACGACUAUUUAGAUAUUUAUCUAAGUGACGACACAAUUCCGACGAACCUGGUGCGUGACGCUUCGGCUGAACCCGCAUGCCCGGCUGACUUGACGCUUCUUCAAGCCGAAGUGUUGCAGGCUGAAGAUGACGAUAGUGACCGGGCCCUACGCGACAUUAUGGCAGCUGACAGUGGCUGCUACAACUUUGAGUGGAGCAAAGACAGGCAUAUAGUAGUUCAAGACAUAACCCUGACAAAUGGGAAGGUGUACAAAAUGAUGGACGGGUACACAUAUGGCGCUCCGAGGAAACUGAGGUCAGCGGUCCGCUACCGCUGCACACAAGGGUGCAAGUGCCACCUACUGCUAACGCCCGAAGUUACUUUUGCCCAGUCGCAGAGGGGCGGCCGGCUGCUCGUGUACAAUGGAUACUCGUACAGUCUGCAGAAGGUGAAGGAACGGGUGGCCCAGUGGCGGUGCACGAUGGUGCAGCCAGGCACCGCGAAGAGGUGCACCGCGAAGGUCUUCACCAGCGUCACGUACGAGAUAAUGGACGGCUGUGGCCGCCACUGCCAUCCGAAGCCGCGCUUCGUGAAACGCAAUGGGAUCCUCGUGAGGGACUAC